ACCAUUUUGGAGAGAAAACGUAACCUGCUCAUUAAUUCCAUUUUCUUAUUAUUAUUAUUUGCCCUCUCUCCUCUCUGUUCUCCACUAUCUUCUUCCUUCUCCACUAGGAGAUAGAAUACGAACCAGUGGAAGAACAAAAAACAGAGGCCUUUUCUUCUUCUUUGUUCUCCCUAAAGCUGGUCCGCCACCUAUCUCCCACUGCACAAAUAAUGGCAAGAAAGUUAUAUUUCCAUCAUCCCCCAUAAUCUAUCCUACAUUCAUUCCAUUCAUCGAAAAUUUGUUGUCUUCCCAUAGAUCGACGCAGCUUCCUCUUCUUCUUUUUUUUCCUUGUGCGAGCAGCUUCCUCUUCUUCGUUCUUCCUUCUGAAUCGGUCUCCUUUCUCCAGUUUGUGGGUAAUCUAGAUCUGUAAUCUGUUUUUUCUUUGUUGAUUUUUUUUGAAUCAAAACUUCUUUUCCUUUUUCCCCAUAUCAGAGAACUAGGGUUCACUGGAAAUUAUGAUCCUGUGAGCAGUGAGUUCCAAAGAUCGAUAUAUUCCCUCCAUGGAAAACCCCACUAUUUCCUUCCAUCCCUAAUAUCCAUCUAUCCGUCACCAACAAAGUCUAGCAUCUAACUAAAAACAGAUCCCAUUGGUUGCUGCUGAACUUUUGUUCUUCUUUUCCAAACCAGAGCCCUCCUACAGUCUGCUUCAUUCUUAUUUGGCCAGCGAAAAAUAGAGCAUUCUCCGAUGUCCAUGGUUGCUGUUGUUGCUUUGGUGGCCUCUGUUUUUUUUCCUCUCUCGGUCGUUCUGGUCUUCUAGGAUUGCAUUAGGCUGGAUUGAGGUUUGGGGACAAUAGUGUCCGUUGUUGACGCCGCUAGAUGGAUAAAGAAGCUCAAGACUCAAAUGAGAUUGAAGAGCAUAUUACUGAUGGUUUGGAAGAGAUUUUAGAUUUGCAUGGACCAGAACAAGAUAGUUGGAGAAUUGUCAUGGAAAAUUGGCAGAGACAAAGAGAUAUGUGUGUCAUACAACUUAUUUGCUACAUUGUCCAUGCAUUGCAUCUAUUAAAUAGACAAGCCUCCAGUGGAUCGUGGGGUUGAGUUUUCAAGUAAGAGAGGAUAAAAGAAGAGAUUUUCUGAAACAAUUGCGUAACCAUGAAGUUGCAUGUCGUGCAACAUUACGUAUGGGGGUAGAAGCGUUCGCUCUUUUUUGUGAAAAAUUACGGGGUACAGGAGUGUUGCAAGAUUAAAACGUGCCACAGUGGAAGAGCAAGUAACAAGAUUUUUGUCUAUUCUUGCCCAAACUGGUGGCAAGUAUCGCAAUCUGGCUUUCUAUUAUCGUCGAAGUAUUGGGACUGUCAGUAAGCAUUUUCAUAAUGUCUUGCAAGCUGUGAUAAGUUUAGCACCUCAAUUCCUGAAUCAACCUAGUGCAACAACGCCAGUGUCCUCCGUAAUAGACAGUAACUCUAGAUUUUUUCCGUACUUCAAGGAUUGCAUUGGGGCUAUUGAUGGUACACACUUUCGAGUGAAAGUAAAUCGCGCCAGUCAAACUCGUUUUAGAGGUCGGAAAGAAUGGCCUACUCAAAAUGUUUUAGCUUCAUGCAACUUUGACUUGCAAUUCCUAUACGUUUUAGCUGGGUGGGAAGGGACAGCAUCUGAUUCAAGGAUUUUAAAAGAUGCAUUUGCUAGACCACAUGGACUUGUAAUACCAGAAGGGAAAUUCUAUCUCGGAGAUGGUGGCCAAAAGGGAAGCAGACAAUUGUGGGGGAGACAUCCACUAAGGAGAAUCUAAAAUGGACAGAGGAGAUGGACAAUGCUUUUCUAGAAAGUCUACUAGCCGAGCAACGUAAGGGGAACAUGCAAGAUGGCAUGUUCACAACUCAUGCUUAUAACAAUGUCGUUAUUACUUUGCGUGGGCUGUUUUCACAUAAUUUCGACAAGGAGAAAAUAAAAAUAGGCAGAAGACAUUGAAAAAGCACUUUGCAACUGUAAAAGACUUAUUCCAUAACAUGAGUGGCUUUGCAUGGAAUCCGGUAACCAAACUUUUUAAAGCUGAACCAGAAGUAUGGAAGCAACUAAUUCAGGAGAAGCCGAUUGCUAGCAGAUGGAUUAGGACACCCAUUAACAACUAUGACAAACUCUUUGAGUUGUAUGGGGAGUUUAGAGCAACCGGAGAAGGAGUUGCAAGUGCAUUUGAGAGGAUCGAACGUUGGGAUAUGAGGUCUCCUGCAUUCGACAUUGAUUUGAAUAACAUGUCAGGAGAUGAUGAAGUCGACUCUCAUGGUACUACCUCUUCAAAGGGAACCAAAAGAAAAGCUCCCAUGAGAGAUGUAUCUGCCAAUCAAUUUGAGGUCAUGGCUGUCAAGAUGAGUAGGAUGGCAUCAGGUAUAGAGAAAGGUAAUGUGAUUGUUGAAUGAUCUGCCAAGGCUAUGGAGAAAGGAAAUGAGAUUAAAGAGAGGUCUUUGGUGAUUCUCGACCAUCAUAAGACUCACAUCUACAAAGAGGGAGAAAUUUUCCAAGAAUUGCAACACUAUGAUAUUCCUGGAGAAAUGAGGUUGAAUGGCUAUAAGUAUCUAGCAAAAAAUCCGGAUACCACAAGGGCUUUAUUUGGCUUGCCAGAAGAGUAUCGACAACAAUUCAUUGUUGAUUUGGCAAAAAAAACAAACCUUCUCGCAAGUUGACUUUUGAUGUGGUCUAGUAGCAUGUUACCUAGUACUAAUAGGUCACCAUCUUUAGGACGGACUUAUGUAAGUAUAGUAUUAUCAGGUGACCUUUUUUUGGACGGA